AUGUCUCCGCCUUCAGCAACCCACGAUGAUACCAAUGGGUCGGCUUCUAAGCCGGCGACAGCCACCCACGAGCCUGGAUUGAGCGAGGAGAAGGCCAAAGUGCAAAUGCCAAAGUUCCCAGGUCCUCCGAAGUUUGACGACCCCUACAAAGAGCGAGAGUAUCUCAAGGGCAGAUUAGCGGCGGCUUUUAGACUGUUCGGCAAGUUUGGAUUCGACGAAGGUGUGGCGGGCCACAUCACUCUCAGGGACCCCGUUGAUCCGGAGACAUUCUGGGUGAACCCCUUCGGCGUAGCCUUUUCCAUGAUAAAGGCCUCAGAUCUUAUCCUUGUCAACGAAGAGGGCCACGUAAUCGACGGGGGACCAACCAGGCUUCUCAAUGCUGCCGCAUUCAUGAUCCACUCUGCAAUCCACCAAGCUCGUCCGGAUGUCAUCUGUGCCGCACACAGUCACAGCAUCUAUGGACGGGCUUUCUGUACCCUUGGCACGAAGCUAGAUACCAUCACGCAGGACUCGUGUGCCUUCCACAAUGACCACGUCCUGUACGAAUCCUUCAACGGCGUCGUCCUUGUCGAGAAGGAGGGAAAGGACAUUGCAGCCUGCCUCGGCAACAAGAAGGCCGCUCUUCUGCAGAACCAUGGCCUCCUUACCGUCGGCAAGACUGUUGAGGAAGCGGUCUUCUGGUUCAUGAGCUUGGAGAAAUGCUGCCAUGCGCAGUUGAUGGCUGAUGCUGCAGCUGCCGGACGUGGAGGGGAGACGGUCAAGAUCGGAGAAGAGGAAGCAGAAUACACGAAGAAGACGGUCGGAUCUCCGAUGGCUGGAUGGUUCUCGGCCAAGCCGCUUUUUGACGUCAUACACAAGGAGACGAAUGGGGACUAUCUGGAGUAA